CGAGUUUGGGCGGAAGUGGGUCCGACCCGAAUUGGGUCCCCCGCGGGCGGAUGCGCAGGGCCUGGCGGCGCGGCGGGAUGGAGGCCGGCGGGCACGGGCAGGAGGCCGAGGCGGGCGGCCAUGGCGGCCACAAGAAGAAACACAAGAAGCACAAGAAAAAGCACAAGAAACGGCACCACCACGAGGCGGGGCCGCCCCAGGGGCCCGAACCCCCUCGGCAGCCCCGGCUGAGACUCCGGAUUAAGCUGGGAGGGCAGAUCCUGGGCACCAAGAGUGUCCCCACGUUCACGGUGGUCCCCGAGGGGCCGCACUCGCCGUCCCCGCUGCUGGCAGGGGACGAGGAGGAGCCCAGCGUCCCCAUCGAGCAGUACCGGGCCUGGCUGGGUGAGAACAGCAACCUGGCCCCCUCCCCACUGCCCGAGCUGGACCCCGAGAGCUGCUUCCCCCCCCGUGAGGAGGGGGAGGAGGAGGAGGAGGAAGAGGAGGAGGAAGAGGAGGAGGAGGAGCGGCGCUGGCUGGCGGCCCUGGAGAGGGGGGAGCUCGAUGACAACGGCGACAUCAAGAGGGAGGUGGACGAGUCCCUCCUGACAGCCCGGCAGCGCGCGCUGCUGCACAAGCAGCAGAGCCAGCCCCUGCUGCAGCUGCCCAUGGGCGCCAAGGCCAAGGAGGUGACGGAGGAGAUGCGGGAGAAGCGCGAGGAGCGGGCGCGGCGCCGGCGGCUGCAGGCGGCCCGCAAGGCCGAGGAGAGCAAGAACCAGACCAUCGAGCGCCUGACGCGCACGCACAAGGCCAAGGUGAGGGCCCUGCGCGAGCGCCGCGCCCGCCCCCGGCCCUGCCCGGUGGUGCACUACCGCAGCGCCGCCGACGGCGUCACCGUGUCCUUCCCCGCCGCCCGGCCCUGCGCCGUGCCCGGCUGCACCAACGCCAGGCGCUACAGCUGCGCCCGCACCGGCCGGCCGCUCUGCAGCCUGGGCUGCUACCAGCGCAACCUGCAGCUGCUGCAGAGCGCGGGGUGACGGCGCUCGGGGGGGGGAUGGACCCUCACCGGGGGGCUACGGACCGUCCCCGGGGGCUACAGACCAUCUGCAGGGGCUAUGGACCCUCACCGGGGGCUACGGACCAUCUACAGGGGCUACAGACCCUCCCUGAGGGGCAACAGACCAUCUACAGGGGUUAUAGACCCUCACCGGGGGGCUACGAACCCUCCCCGAGGGGCUACAGACCAUCUACAGGGGCUACAGACCAUCUACAGGGGCUACAGACCAUCUGCAGGGGUUAUGGACCAUCAGCAGGGGCUAUGGACCCUCCCUGGGGGCUAUGGACCCUCCCCAAGGGG